GUCUUCGUCUUUCCGAGUGCCUCUUCGUCGUGCUGCCAAUGAGAUUAGCUCAGUUUCUCACACAGGUCCAAGGAAGAGGGGGCUCGGGAGAUUUGGACUUCCAUCACGAUGUUUUCCAUGUUGCCCUCGUCCGAGAUGUUCACCAUAUUUAACCCUAAUAACUUGCCAAAGACAGUGAUUUCCGGUCAGUCCAAUGAACUUGGCCUCGAUUUGGAGGGCCAAGUGACGGAGUCCGAUCAAGUGUUGGCCAAAUCUGGUUGUGAUCGAGUGCUUCUUCUAUCCGAAGGAGCGGCUGUCCUCAAUGAUCUCGAUCUGAGUCAGAUCCACCAAGAUAGUCUUGGCAGCAACCUGGAAAUGUUCCCGAGCCUCGUGGGACAAGAUCAAUCUCCAACAUCGUCAUCCUCGGCCACUUCCAAUGAAGGAUCUGUGUGGUCGGAUGAAGAUCGCGACGAGGAUGAUAUUGCAAAUAUUCUGAACCUCAAUUACACGGACUUGACUUAUUUCAACGAGAGCAUUCUGUUCAGUGCCAAAGAGACUGAUUUGGUUGAGGAGGUGGUGAGCCAGCAGACUGACAUGAGAGUGGACCCGUCGCCACCAAAAGGUGAGAACGCAACGGCGAGUCCGAAACCGAUUCAUCCGAAGAUCUCGAGAGACCCUCAGACCAAAUUGUAUCACUGCCCACAUUGUGACAAGUCCUUCCAAUACAGUAGCCGCCUCCAGAGACAUUUGAGUGCCCACGAGGAGAAGAAAUUCCACUGCCACAUCUGUGAUAAAUAUUUUAGUCGAUCUGAUGUCCUCAGCAACCACUUAAGCAAGGUCCACCAACAAUGGAGCCCUCCGAACAAGUCUCCGUCGUCAUCGUCCCUCGUGGAGUCCUCGGCCACCACCAAAAUGGCGGAACUCUACCCGUGUCACAUUUGUGAGGCAAAGCUCAGUUCCAAGUUCCAUUUGAACCGGCAUCUCAAGUCACACGAGAACAAAGUGGGCGCAUUCACGUGCAAUUUCUGCGGCAAAAGUUUUGACGUGAAACAUAAAUUCCAAAGACACAUGCGACUCCAUCUGAGUGAGAAAAAGUUCAAAUGCCAUGUGUGCCAUAUGAGUUUCUUGCAAAGGGAAUUCUUGUCCCGGCAUUUGCUUACGCACUCGGGCGAGAAUCCGUUCAAGUGCAAUCAAUGCGGGAAAGGUUUCAAUCAGCUGAUCAACUUGAAGCAGCACAUUGAGCGAUUACAUUCCUCGGAUGCCUCCAAAAAGACGCACAAGUGCUCGCAUUGUGAAAAGCGUUUCUACACCUCGCCCGAGCUGAAGAACCAUCUUCUGUAUCAUGUGGAUACUCGCAUGUUCCAUUGUUCCACGUGCGAAUCGUCAUUCGUGGAGAAACGCCAUCUCGACCGUCACAUUCGACGCAUGCACUCGAAAAUCAAAAACUACUUCUGCAACCACUGUUCAAAGGCAUUCUAUGAAAAGUACGAACUCAACCACCACAAAAAAUCUUGCCAAUGAACUAGCCAGAUUUUGUCCGUUAGGCCUAAAUUGAGAAGAAAUACAAAUUACCUCACCCGUGUUCCAUAAACAAUGUUCCCAGAAUCUCUCAACGUUC